UCCUUGUGUGACAAGCUGAAAAGUGCUCUAAGCCCCUCUGAAACUCUCCACGGAUUAAACAACAACAACAAAAGCUGGUGCUAGAUUGUUUUGCUGAAAAAUGCCUAAACCAUUCUUAAACCAGCCAAUUAACAGACGAGUUUAUGCUGUUUUUUUGCGGGUUUUUUUCAAAAGUGCCAGCUUUAAUAUUUACAUAGGCUAUGUACACAGAAAAAUACGUCUAUAGCGAGGAAAAAUUUGACACUUCAUACUGUUUAUUUUUCUAAUGACAGCGUUCAAGCCUCUCGCGCUUGCAGAGAGGAAAAGGGCGUAAGUAUAAGCAGCAUUCUUGUCAAUUUGGGACUGUUAUCUCAGCUGAUCCGGCAUCGGGACAGUUGUCUUCAUUCAAGCUGGAGCUGUUGCGCUGAGCGGAUCAUCUGGAGCUCCGGUGUACCCUCAAUAUGUAAACGAAAAGAACGCAAUUCCAACGUGGACAAAAGAAAUUUGACUUAAUCAUGCGCAAACACUCGUACCAAUGGAUACGCAUACGACUCGUCCUGGAAAUGUCGGGAACACUUUGAUUUGUUUGUCCGUGUCUUUUUUGAAAGUCUGCAACUGUUGCAGGGGAUAUUCCGCCAUUAGAAAGUAUUUGAUUAUAGCUCUUGUGUGUUUUGUUUAUUUGUUUUUCACCGUUCAUGUUAAUCACACGUCUACUCGCCAAGACAAACGUGCUGAUCUGUGGACUAGAAAUAGCGUUUAUUCUCUAAAUCCUAGAAAAACCUACCAGGACCCCACUGGAGAGGAGGUGAAUGAAUCUCUGAGUCCGACCAGGUCUAAUGUGGUGUAUAUAACGCUCAAAUCAAAGCGGCACAAACCGGCCAUCAUCAGGGGCACAGUGCGACCCAAACUCCGGAGAAAGAAAGUUAAAGUGAGACCGCAGGGUGGCACACAGGGCAAAGCGAAGGACGCGAGGCACAAUACAAACACCGUUGACAAACAGUUGGGAUAUUCUGAGCUUGAUCACAGUGAUUAUUCAACCAUCAGGAUAUACAGUGAAAGAGCUCCUCCAUGGUUCAGCAAUGACGAUAUCAUGGCCAUGCGCUUUCUAGCUGAUGGUAAAAUUACGCAGAUUGACGAAGUUGCACCACCGGGUUUUUCUUCUUUAAUUUUAUUUAAAAGUGCGACAAAUCACACGGACGAUGCCGAUGCGUGUCGCAAAUGUUGCGGUAUUGUCAGGAGACCCUUGGACAUGAGUGAAGUGUUCGCCUUUCAUCUGGAUAGGAUCUUGGGACUGAACAGAACUUUGCCAGCUGUCAGCAGAAGAUUUCACUCUCUUGGAGAUGGUCAGCCUUGUCCAGUGGUUUUGUGGGAUCCUACUUUAAGCCCAGUAGUAGAUCAACCCUCUGAGAAACUGAACUGGGGUUCAUAUCAAUCCGCUCUCAAAUACAAGUGCUGGCAUCGGGGCACAAUACCUAAACCAGAGUGGAGCUGCACCAGCAUCCACCACCAUGAAUGGAGCAAGCUAGUAGUCUUUGAUUUCCUUCUGCAGAUUUAUGAACGACUAGAUAAAAACUGCUGUGGAUUCAAGCCCCGCCCAGAGGACACCUGUGUUGAGCUUGGUCACCAUGAAGAAUGUACAGAUAAGGACAGCAUAGAGCUGACACACAUAGUCCAUCGUAGACAUAACCCACACCACUUGGUUUUCUUUAACAACAAGGGCUACUUUGACCGAGAUGAGGAGAAUCUAGACUUCAGGCUACUAGAGGGAAUCAAAGAGCUACCAGAUCAGUCUGUGUCAGUGUUGAAGUCUCAGCGUCUCAGGGAAAAGCUCCUGCAAUCGCUGUUUCUCGACCAGCUGUACUGGGACAGUCAAGGUGGCCGUCAAGGCAUUGAAAAACUCAUUGACGUAAUUGAGAGAAGAGCCAAAGUCUUGCUCACGUACAUCAAUGCCCAUGGGAUUAAAGUAGUACCUAUGAACUCUUGACAGAUGGAGCUUCAGUUUUCAGUGUGUAAGAUGAACCACCAACCUUUUGGUUUCCAAUAAACCAAACGAAAUGUUUUUGACAGAUUAGUACGACGAUAAAGACCUGUUGAAUUGAAGCUCUGUCAGUCAAAACUCAAUGCACUUCUGAAAUUAAGAGUACUUUGGUGUUGUAAGUGAUUCUCCUUUUAGGACAAGAACAUAUUAAAUGAUAGUAAAUGCUCCACAGGGCUAAUUUUUUGCACCACUGACAUUCCACAAGUUAAAGGCGCGGUGAGUGAUAUGAUCUCUUUCGUUAACUUCCAACAGCCUUUGAAUCAGACCGCCCCUUUAGUCAAAUCCCGCCCACUAACGGCAUGUCAGAAAACCUGAUAAAAGUAACCAAAACACUCAGUUUUUUAAGAUAAUUUCUGCUGUGUUAAAUGGAGAUGAUGGUUCCAGACCAUUAUUAUUAAAUCAGGUAAUGUUGCACUUGUGUAUAAGUUUAUCACCGCGAAGAUAUAAAUCUUUUCUCAUGCGAAGUAUUUUUGUACUAUGUUUUUGUUGUUUUUUAAUUAAAUAAAAGUGUUCCAUAUCAGUC